CCUUUUCCAUCCUCCCGUCCUGAGAGGCGGUUAGAAACGGCCGCCCGACGCGCACGCCAAUCCACCGCCAUCCGGCAAAAUGGUGAACUUCACAGUAGACCAGAUCCGUGCGAUCAUGGACAAAAAGUCCAACAUCCGUAACAUGUCUGUGAUUGCUCAUGUUGAUCAUGGCAAAUCCACCUUGACUGACUCUUUGGUGUGUAAGGCCGGGAUCAUUGCCUCUUCCCGUGCAGGUGAAACCAGGUUCACAGAUACGCGUAAGGAUGAACAAGAAAGAUGCAUCACCAUCAAAUCCACUGCCAUCUCCUUGUACUACGAGCUCCAAGAGCGGGAUUUGGCCUUCAUUAAGCAGUGCAAGGAUGGCAGUGGCUUUCUCAUCAACUUGAUUGACUCACCUGGACACGUUGACUUCUCCUCCGAAGUGACAGCUGCUCUGCGUGUGACUGAUGGUGCUCUAGUGGUGGUUGACUGUGUCUCUGGGGUGUGCGUGCAGACAGAGACUGUGCUGCGUCAGGCUAUCGCUGAGCGGAUCCGUCCCGUGCUGAUGAUGAACAAAAUGGAUCGUGCGCUGCUCGAGCUGCAGCUCGAUCCCGAGGAGCUGUACCAGACCUUCCAGCGCAUUGUGGAGAACGUCAAUGUCAUCAUCUCGACCUACGGUGAAGAUGAGCAUGGCCCCAUGGGUAACAUCAUGGUUGACCCAGUGUGUGGCACAGUUGGGUUCGGCUCUGGUCUCCACGGUUGGGCUUUCACCCUGAAACAAUUUGCAGAGAUGUACGUUGCCAAAUUUUCCGCCAAGGGCGAUUCUGCUGUCCUUCCUCCAAAUGAGCAUGUCAAGAAAGUAGAGGACAUGAUGAAGAAGCUGUGGGGUGACAGGUAUUUUGAUACUGCUGGUGGUAAAUUCAGCAAGUCUAUGACCAACGCUGAAGGCAAGAAACUGCCAAGGACCUUCGUACAACUUGUCCUGGAUCCCAUCUUUAAGGUCUUCGAUGCCAUCAUGAAUUUUAAGAAAGAAGAGACUGCAAAGUUGAUUGAGAAACUGGACAUUAAACUGGACACCGACGAUAAGUCAAAGGAGGGCAAGCCUCUGCUGAAGGCAGUGAUGCGUCGUUGGCUGCCUGCGGGUGACGCUUUGCUGCAGAUGAUCACCAUUCAUCUACCAUCUCCAGUCACCGCACAGAAAUAUCGUUGUGAGCUUCUGUAUGAGGGACCCCUCGAUGACGAAGCUGCCCUAGGUAUCAAGAACUGUGAUUCCAAGGCGCCACUGAUGAUGUACAUCUCCAAGAUGGUGCCCACCACCGAUAAGGGCAGAUUCUAUGCCUUUGGACGUGUCUUCUCCGGUGUUGUCUCCACUGGCCUCAAGGUCCGAAUCAUGGGACCCAACUACACCCCAGGCAAAAAGGAGGAUCUUUACCUAAAGCCUAUCCAGAGAACUAUUCUGAUGAUGGGGCGUUAUGUGGAGCCUAUUGAUGACGUCCCUUGUGGAAACAUCGUGGGUCUUGUUGGCGUUGACCAGUAUCUGGUGAAGACCGGUACCAUUAGCACUUACGACCAAGCUCACAACUUGAGAGUGAUGAAGUUCAGUGUUAGUCCUGUCGUGCGAGUUGCUGUUGAAGCUAAGAAUCCAUCUGAUCUGCCCAAGUUGGUCGAAGGUCUGAAGCGUCUCGCCAAGUCUGAUCCAAUGGUGCAGUGCAUCAUCGAGGAGUCUGGUGAACACAUCAUUGCUGGUGCCGGUGAACUUCAUUUGGAAAUCUGCCUGAAAGAUCUUGAGGAAGACCACGCUUGCAUCCUUAAGAAAUCCGACCCUGUUGUGUCUUAUCGUGAGACCGUUAGCGAAGAGUCCGACCAGACCUGCUUGUCCAAGUCUCCGAACAAACACAACAGACUGUACAUGAGGGCUCGUCCACUAACCGAGGGUCUGGCUGAAGACAUCGACAAGGGCGAUGUUGCUUCCCGGCAAGAGCUCAAACAGCGAGCCAGGUAUCUGGUUGAGAAAUACGAAUGGGAGGUCGCCGAAGCUCGUAAGAUCUGGUGCUUUGGACCCGACGGCACAGGCCCGAACCUCCUAGUUGAUGUCACCAAGGGAGUUCAGUAUCUGAAUGAAAUCAAGGACAGCGUUGUCGCUGGAUUCCAGUGGGCAACCAAAGAGGGUGCUCUGUGCGAUGAGAACUUGCGUGGAGUGCGGUUUGAUAUUCAUGACGUGACUUUGCACACUGAUGCUAUUCACCGCGGUGGUGGCCAAAUUAUCCCCACUGCCAGGAGGUGUCUGUACGCCUGCAUGCUGACUGCCCAGCCUCGCCUCAUGGAGCCCAUCUAUCUGGUUGAGAUCCAGUGCCCAGAGCAGGUGGUUGGUGGUAUCUAUGGUGUACUGAACAGGAAGCGUGGUCAUGUGUUCGAGGAGUCUCAUGUUGCUGGCACACCCAUGUUUGUUGUCAAGGCUUACUUGCCUGUAAAUGAGUCCUUUGGUUUCACGGCCGACCUGCGAUCUAAUACCGGUGGCCAGGCUUUCCCUCAAUGCGUCUUUGACCACUGGCAGAUCCUGCCUGGUGACCCCUUCGAUCCCAGCUCCCGCCCAUGUCUGGUUGUGGCCGAGACCCGCAAGCGCAAGGGUCUGAAGGAAGGUAUCCCGGCUCUGGACAACUUCCUGGACAAAUUGUAAAGAGUUCCAUCCGUACUACAUCAUUGGAAACAUCUGGCCAACUCAGUGUUGACUUCUCUGAACUAUUUAGCAAAUUUAACAUCGCCAGAUUGGACAUGGUGAUGUAUUGUAGCCCUGCGGUGAGAUUCACUGUAAAAAGAAAUGGACAUAGUGGUGUAAAUUAAAAACUGAAGGUUUACCUC